AUGAAUCAACAACAAUUACAUAGACCUCGUAUUAUUAUAAUGCGACAUUCUGAACGAUUAGAUUUCGUUUUAAAAAAUAAUAAUUGGCCACAAGAAGUUUUUAUUAAUGGAGUUUAUUCACCAAAUGUCACACAAAUGCCAACUGUUUUACCAAUACGAGCAAAUCCACAUGAAUAUUCUCUUGAUACACCAUUGUCAAGACAUGGUAAAGCUCAUGCUUAUCAUACAGGUGAAUUUUUUCGUUCACUUGGUUUAAUACCACAUCGUGUUUAUACAUCACCAGCAAUGCGAUGCGUUCAAACAGCUGAUUCUGUACUCGAAGGUCUAGGUAGGCGUGAACGAGCACCAUUACGAGUUGAUCUUGCUCUUCAUGAACCAACUAAACGAAAUUUACCAUUACAACCAGCUGAAUUUUUUGCAUCAGCUGGAUUUUUUGUUGAUAUAAGUUAUCAACCUGUAUUAGCACCAUCAAAUAAUACAAUUAUUGUACGUGAAACACGUUUAGCUUAUUAUAGACGAAUGUAUGCUGUUUUAAAGAGAAUUACGAGAAAACUUAUUAGUCAAAAUAUGAAAAUAACUGCAUCAUCACCAACACCACCAACAAUUCUUAUUGUUACACAUCGACCAUGUGUUACAUUACUUGCUGCUAUGUUAAAUCUUGAUGCUGUAGAUGAUAAAUUAGGUUAUCUUAAUGAAAUGGAAACUAAUAAACGUGGUGAAGUUAAUUUUCUUUCUAUGAUUAUUGCUGAAUAUGAUGCAGCAACUGGUACAUGGGUAUUCUUAUCGGAUUUUCCUCAAUUACCAACAACUCCAUUAUUAUCAGCAAAUGUUUUAAUGAAUGCAUUGAAAAUUGCUGAUUAG